AUGGACGACGCUGUUGACCGACUCACUGUUGGUCCGACGCGUAUCGGUUUAGAAUUGGGACAUCAAGGUCAGUGCCGUAGAGCCACAACGGAAGUUGGAGUUGCAAUCACUUCCCAUCUUUUAUUGCGGUACGAGAAUGCAAAGAUCGAGCGGUGCGAUCGAAUCUCCAUCAUCCCUCGUGGUCAAACACUGUCUCAAGUCGUGUUUCAUCGGCUUGACGAUGAAUCCUACAUGUUUGGUCGUCGUCCACAACUUCUUCAUCGUCUUCAGAUUCUAAACGAUGCGAUUUUGCAUUUUAAGGAGGGGAACAAGAGAUGCUCAGAGAUUCUUAAGUGUAUUCAGAGAUGGGCUCCCUUCAAGGACUUGAUCAAGGCAAUGCAGGUCAUGUUGUCUCGGCCGUUAUUGGUUCUCACGAUUGCUGAGGCUCUUACAGAUCAGUCAGAAGUAAAGCAAGAAGCCCCGGGAGGUACCGCCUCUCAUGCAUCUGCAGAAUCAGAGUCUGACCCGCAGACGUCUCAGUCUCCAUCAGAUAUAAGAAUUGAAGAUGAGGCUCCAGAUUCUGUAACUUCACAAGACUGGCUUACACAACUCUACAAAGAACUGGAAAAGCAGAGACUUAGCUUGCCAGAGAGUAACCAAAGACCUUGCCUCAUUGUCCGCUUGGGGCUUGCUUUCCUAAAGUUGCCAUCUCAUGAAAGACCUUGUUUCGCUCAUGCAAUCAUUUCUCAGGUAGAGCACGGCCUUUUGCAUCUUCUAAACCCCGAGAAUUCAGAACUUACAGUACUAGUGGAUUGUGAAGGAUUAUCUCCUCUGAGGAUUCCGAUGCAGAUGUUGAGAUCAUGUUCUUCAGUUCUUCAAGAUCACUUCCCUAACCGUCUUGGCUGCCUAUUCAUCAUUCGCCAAAGAAAAUUAGAACAUGCUCCUUCUUAA